UGAGAAAAUACAAGCAAAGCGAUAUAUCAAGCAGAGAACAAUACAAGUAGUGCUACCAUACAAGAUCCAUUAAUUGAGUUCCAGAAGAAUCAAAGUGCGCAGAGUAGAGGUGUAAGUGCCAGAGUGAUUUUUUUUAGGGGUUGGUUAGGUGUUCAUGUAAGAGGUGGGCUGUCUUUUGAAAAUAGAGACAGAUUCUGCGGUCCGGAUUGAGGUUGGAAGGUCAUUCCACCAGGGAGGAACAGUUAGUUUGAAGGUUCUUGAAAGGGACCUUGAGCCACGCUGAGUAGGAACUACUAAGCGUCGGUCGUUGAUUGAUGGCAGAUUGCAUGAGGGAGCGUAAACCUUCAGGAGAGAGUUGAGGUAGGGGGCGCUGUUCCAGACAAGGUCUUGUAGGUGAGCAUCAAGGCCUUGAAUUUGAUGCGGGCGGCUACAGGAAGCCAGUGGAGGGAGAUGAAGAGGGGUGUGACAUGGGUGCUCUUGGGUUGGUUGAAGACGAGACGUGCUGCUACAUUCUGAAUCAUCUGAAGGGGUUUGAUGGAGCUGCUGGGAGGCCCGAGAGUAGUGAGUUGCAGUAGGCCAGUUUUGACAUAACAAGAGCCUGGACUAGUAUCUGUGUGGCCUGUUCGGUGAGGCAGGGUCGGAUUUUCUUGAUGUUGUACAGGAUGAACCUACAGGAUCGUGCAGUUGUUGAGAUGUGGUCUGUAAAGGUCAAGCUGUCGUCGAGAAUCACCCCGAGGUUCCUGGCCGUCCUGGUUGGCUCGAGUGUGGUUGAGCCGAGCUGUACAGUGAGGUUGUGGUUGAUUGAGGGACAGGCUGGGAUGACGAGAAGGACAGAUUUUGCCAGGUUGAGUUUAAGAUGGUGUUCCCUCAUGCAGACCGAGAUGUCCGACAGGCAAGCAGAGAUGCGUGCAGAGACGGAUGGAUCGUCACUGGAAGGACAAAUGGAGCUGGGUGUCAUCAACAUAGCACUCAUAUGAGAAGCCAUGAGACUCAAUCACCUGCCCUAGAGAUGAUGUGUAGAUAGAAAAGAGGAGUGGACCCAGAACUGACCCCUGAGGAACGCCAGUUCUGAGUCACUGAGUUUCAGAAAUACCUCCCCUCCAUGAUACCUUGAAGGAUCUGUCUGAGAGAUAGGAUUCAAUCCAGUGCAGAACCGUUCCAGUGAUGCCCAGGCUAGAGGGAGUUGACAGGAAGAUCUGAUGGUUCACAGUGUCGAAAGCAGCAGAGAGGUCGAGCUUUAGUAUUUGCUGAAAGACUUUAAAAAAGGACUUCAUCAAAUCAUAGAUGAAUGUCAGUCUGGUUUUAUAAAGGGCAUCUAUAUCUGUAAUAAUAUUCAUUAUUUUGAAAGUAUGUUUAUGAUCAUAACCUUUGAACCGUGUGUCCAAAAUUUACGACGACUUCAACGCAAAAUAUGGCGUCAAUUACCUGUCUUCAUGUGGCUACAAGCAAUGCCUAUUUCACUAAGCUCUAGCAUCUCUACCAUCAUCAUCAUCAGUGCAACCUGCAUGCCCUGGAACAUAAUCAGGAUCCUCCACAUUAUCAUCUUCACUGUCUUCUACCUCUGACUCCUCUGGCUGAAUAGGAAUCACAGCCUAGCAUUAUCCUUUACCACAAAACAGUUUAGUGUCCAUCUUUCCUUUACACUACUAAAAUCCCAUUAAUUGUUUGACUAUAUUGUUUACUUGAGGAAAACAUAAAAUAUUCCCUUGACCAUACUUAUAAUCCACUCACAGGUCGCCCUCUCAUCACAUGUUAGCCACUAAAAAUAUCCCAAACACCCCAUUUACUGUUCAAUUCAACAUUUUUUUUUCUUUUUUCAUAUUCAACUAUUAAAAAAUUUCCACUCCUCUCUUCAAGUUACUGAAUGAACGUGUAGUAAUGUCUCUUCUCUUCCGGCAGAUGUCGCCACUGCACCUAAAAUGCUGUUAGAAACACUCAAGAGUUAAAGUACUAGAUUGUAGCAUACAUGUUUUGUACCUGUAGUAUGUAUAUUUUACCAAGAAAUAUCGUUUUAGUUGCAGAAUUGGACCUUACACUACUCUAAAAACAAAAAGGUACGUUACAGUACCAGCCUAUCGACAAGGAGAGGUACCAUUUGGUACCUUUAUGUCUGGGAGUGUAUUUAAAAAAAAACCUAAUGUAUUAUUCUCACAUGGUCAAUUCGCAUGUCUGAGUGGGUUUCCUCCGGGGUCUCUGGUUUCCUCCCACCUCUUAAACCCAUGCCAGUAGGUGGAUUUGAUACUUGCGCCGUGUGCGUACGCGUGUGUGUGGAUUUGGACUCGUCGAUGCACACGUGCAACGUGAUUGGCGCACACGUUCACGCGCUCACGCCGUUUGUAAACUAAGCCCCGGCCAUCACAUCUCCGUGCAGCGUUGCCACAUUGCGCGCUUCUCAAGGAUCAAGGAGAAUCCGAAGAAGCUGAACAGGGAGGUAGGAAAAUCUGGCAACCUCGAGCACGCGCACACUGCCUGGAGUUAAAUCAACUUUACGCACGGUCACGGUGGAGUAAAUAAUUCCCACACACACCAUGGAGAGACGCGCACUCUUCAUCCCCCGGCUGACAUUGACAGCAAGUACUUGGACGGACACGCCGCGAGCCAGAUGUUGAGUGAGAAACGCCAGAUGUCGAGCGGCUCGCGAUGCUUCUGAACGAGAGUCAGGUGAACGGCUCCACCGCUGGAGAGCACGCGCUCCACAGAGCGCCGUGGAUCACCAUGUCGCUCGGCUGCUUCCUGAUCUUCACCAUCGUGGUGGAUAUUUUGGGUAACCUGCUGGUGAUUUUCUCCGUCUACCGGAACAAGAAACUUCGGAACGCCGGUAACAUCUUCGUGGUGAGUCUGGCUGUCGCCGACCUGGUGGUUGCUCUGUACCCGUACCCCCUGGUGCUGACGGCCAUCUUCGGGCACGGUUGGCGCGUGGGCGCAGCGCAGUGCCAGAUCAGCGGCUUCCUGAUGGGCGUCAGCGUAGUCGGGUCGAUUUUCAACAUCGCAGGCAUUGCUGUGAACCGCUACUGCUACAUCUGCCACAGCCUGCGCUACGAGCGGCUGUUCAGCGAGCGCAACUCGGCGUGCUACGUGGCGCUGAUCUGGACGCUGAGCGUGCUGGCUGUGGUGCCCAACGUGUUCGUCGGGUCGCUCCGCUACGACGAUCGGGUCUACUCGUGCACGUUCGCGCAGUCGGCCAGCGCCGCGUACACCCUCGCCGUCGUCUCCUUCCACUUCCUGCUGCCCAUACUAGUGGUGGCCUACUGUUACCUGCGCAUAUGGGUGUUGGUAAUCCGGGCGCGGAGGCGAGCGCGGCCUGAGACCCGACCGGGUGGCGUGAUGCCGCAGGACGUGCGCAACUUCGUGACUAUGUUCGCCGUCUUUGUGCUUUUCGCCGUAUGCUGGGCGCCACUUAACGCCAUUGGCCUAGCUGUGGCUGUAGCGCCCGAGCGAGCUGUCCCCGAGUGGCUCUUUGUAGCCAGCUACUUUCUGGCGUACUUCAACAGCUGCCUGAACGCCAUCGUCUACGGUGCGCUCAACCAGAACUUCCGCCGUGAAUACAAGCGCAUCAUCUUGUCUCUCUGCACAACGUCCGUGUUCUUUCCGGAAAACUCGAACGAUGCGCAGGAGAGGCUCCGGAACAAACCGUCGCCGCCCUUCACCAACAACAACCAGGACAAAGUGGACUCAGUGUGACGAAUAUAUAUAUAUAUAUACACUGUAUAUGUGAAAAUUCUCAAGGAAGGUGCUAUUACUACGAACCAAGAACAAAACAAAACCAGCUUGACUGAAGACCACCCGCUAGCAAACGCAACAAAAAGGUGGAUUCUCAUCUUUAUACAAAUCAAAACCUGCAGGGGAAAAAAACGUUUUUAUUAUCACACGCUUUCACGUGUCUCAAGCUCAUUAUUUGUUUUACAUGUAAAUCAUUUGCUAUGACUGUUUUCUAUGAAAUGAAAACGAAAUGUAUGACGUGUAAAAAAAAAAAAAAAUCUAUCUAUAUAUAUAAAUAUACUCAUUUAUUUCGAGUCUCUCGACACCUCACGAUCGAGUUCAGGAUUCAGGUUGACACAAGCAUAAACACGUCACGUCCUUUAUGCAUCGUAACGUGUCUUCGUUUUGUAUUUUUGAGGCCCGUUUUGGCGCUAUUAAAGUGCUGCGUUUGAAAUAAAAUAGUAUCAAUUUGAUUCGUUGCUAUCGUUGAAACCGUAACGUCAUCAUACUGUCCGUUUUUUUUUCAUUCGGAAUGUUUGGUACUGUUGAUGUUUAUGAAAUUUAGAAAGGGGGGGGGGGGUCUUCUGUGCAACUUCUUUGUAAGUCUGCUGCCGUUUGGACGGGAUCGUGAUGCGUUGAGGGGGGAAAAAAUAAGAGUGAUAAAAAAUACAUAAACACCAGCAAAACUUUCCUGCAUCAAUAAAUCAGUGAAAAGAGUUUACUAGGUUUUUUUUUUGUUGUUGUUUUUUUAAAAAAUAUUUACCCCUCUGUUAACUCUCUGCUCGUCGAGCAAGCAAUAUUACCUGAGCGCUGCUUACCCACAAUCCCCUGCAAACGUCUUCUGAACACAAUAUCUGUAAGAAAUAUGGCUUCUCUCUUAUGUUUCUCUGUUUUCUCUGUCUUUUUCCUUUUAAAAAAAAAAUCUCUCUCUCUUUUAAUUCGUAUGCAUGGAUCUUGAGAGUCCAUAUGCAAAAUGACGGAUGAAUAAAAAAACGACGUGAUGAUCAGA